AUGGUCACGAAAUCAAAGCUCAAGCUUGCCCUUGCGGCCGACAAGGGGGUCGAUUUCCAAAAGAAGAAGCUGGAUCGCAAGAUUAAGGCGAAGCACCGCGAGGCCGAGAAGGAGAAAGCCAAGAAGGCUGAGCUCAACGGCGAGGAGGCUGAAGACGGUUCCGACGAGGAGAUGGAGGACGAGGAGGCCGAAGACGACGCAAUCUCUAUCGAGGGUGGGAUCGCGCUGAACGCCGAGUUUGAGGACGCCGACUCAGACGAGGAGGAAGACGAGGAAGAGGACAUAUUGGAUAUUGAAGCGCUGGACGACACAGACAGCGAAUCCGACUCCGAGGUCGAGAUGGAGAAGGCUGAACGCCCUGCAAAGAAGACUAAGACCAACAAGAAGACGCCAACAGAGGUUGAAGAGAAGGACGAGGACGAAGAAGAUGAAGAAGACGAGGAGGAUCCGGAGGAGGACGACGUGCCUCUCUCCGAUAUCGAAGGCGACGAUGAAGACCUCGAGGACAUCGUUCCCCACACCAAGCUGACCAUCAACAAUAAGGCCGCUCUUCUUGCCUCCCUCAACCGCAUUCGCAUCGACACCUCGGCCGCCGCACCUUUCGCAACCCACCAGUCCAUAACAUCGUCCAAGUCUACCGCCGAGUCCGUCCCGGACGUUCAGGACGACCUGCAGCGCGAACUCGCCAUGCUUUCCCAAGCCCUCGAGGCCGCGCGCAAGGGUCGCACUCUUCUCCUCAAAGAGGGCGUUCCAUUCUCGCGCCCGAGUGACUACUUUGCCGAGAUGGCGAAGGACGAUGGCCAGAUGCAGAAGAUCAAGGACAAGCUUAUCGAGGAAGCUAGCAACAAGAAGGCUGCCGCCGAGGCCAGGAAGCUCAGGGAUCUGAAAAAGUUCGGCAAGCAGGUGCAAGUUGCCAAGUUGCAGGAGCGUCAAAAAGCUAAGAAGGACACGCUUGAGAAGAUCAAGACUCUUAAGAGGAAACGUCAGGAAGGCGGUGGCAACCAAGAUACCCACGAGGGCGAUCUCUUCGACGUGGCUGUCGACAAUGAACUCAAGGGCCACCGAAACUCGAAGACGAGCGGACCCCGUGGUAGCGGAAGCGGCGUCAAUGCCAAGCGGCAAAAGAAGAACGACAAGUAUGGCUUUGGUGGCAAGAAGCGCCACUCUAAGUCAGGGGAUGCCAUGAGCUCUGGCGACCUCAGCGGGUUUAAUGCCAAGCGUAUGAAGGGCGGAGUUGCCAAGGGCAGGGUCACCAAGACGCGGCCUGGAAAGAACAGGAGAAAGUCCAUGUCCAAUAAGUAG